AUGCUUUUUCAUGAACUCAACAAUGAGCUGCUCAUUGCCAUUGCAGGCCAUCUACCACAAGACGACCUAAAAACUUUUUCACUUGUAUGCCACAAGUUUGCUCUUGUUGCUCACAGUGAUGUCGUUUGGAAGGAGAGAUUAUACAACCACUAUGGCAUCACCUACAAAUUGCCCACCGAGAAUUGGAAGGAUAUGUAUGCUCGCAAAUCCCUGGAUCCUCAAAACUCGAAAAUGUGCCCCCACAUUGGCCAUGUUACUGGUAAAAUUUUGGAACCUUAUGCCACCAAGUAUCAACAAGUCUUGAAUUGGUUGGAAAAGAACCUGAACUGUACAGUAUGUGGAGCCAAUUGCAAGGACACAGGCCUUUGUCUGUAUGUGUGGAAGGGAAACACGAGAAACCGCUGCAAGGACUGUGCUUAUAGCUAUCACAAGGCAGUAGAAGGACAUGGUAUUCUGAUCCGCAUGAAUGUGCUGCAAAUGUAUUGCUUUGAUUGCAAGCGAUUAUUGGGAGAAACCCGCGGUGAUUCCAGCGAAGCGCAUUAUGUCAACAUGCUGCUCAAGACAUUGACACACGACAGCAAAAAGGGUCAGCAAGCCAUGGCAAGAAGAAGUCAGUGUAUGAAGGAGAGACAGCUGUAUGCAGAACACGCUGAUAGAGCGUCCGUCGUCUCGGAUGGCAAACAGUACUAUUUUAUCGAGAGAAUCUGGCUGAUUUCAUGGUUUUUGCGUCUGUGUGAUGGUAAGAUUGGAACGGGUCCUAUUGCGAACCAUGAAUUAGAGGAUCCUGAACAUGAAGGCAGACUGAACCCUGCUUCAAGACCUCGCGGCAAUUUCAAAGGUGGGUUUUCUAUUGUCACUCCAUUUUUGUGGAAUUACUUGGUAGACACGUAUGGAUUAUCUGGCAACGUAUACACUUCAGACGAUACCACUGGCCCCGAGUACUGUGGUCUGAACGAAUCCAUCGUCAACUGGAGAUUGAACUAG